AUGAGUUUGUCUGAGAUACGAGCAUUUGAAGUUACAGGUCCCAACCCUGAGGCUGCACCACUGAGAGAAUAUGACGAGAACAUGUCCCAGUCAUAUGCAGCGGGCUUGGAAAUGUGUAGCCAAAGUGGACCAUCGAUUUUUAUUGGAAUUAAACAGGAUCUGAUUUUGUUUUGUUCUUUUUCUGUUUCAGGCUCACAAGUAAAGAGUUUCACGUCACUGUGGUUCAUCUCCGAGCCCUUAGAUGUAGUCACCAUGAGAGGGAGUUAUGUGGUCUUAAACUGCUCUGCUGGCUCAGAUCGAGGGUCACCAAUCAUCACGUGGAAAAAGGAUGGAGUUUACCUCAAUCUAGCAAUAGACGACAGAAGACAACAGCAGCCCAAUGGAUCCUUGAUAAUACAAACUGUGGUACAUUCGCGGCAUCACCGGCCAGAUGAAGGCUCCUAUCAGUGCGAAGCAUCAUUGGAUGGGGUUGGUGCAAUUAUCAGUCGGACAGCUAAAGUACUGGUAGCUGGUCCUCUGAGGUUCCUUUCCCAGACAGAAUCUGUGACUUCAUUUGUUGGAGAUACUGCUCUACUGAAAUGUGAAAUUGCUGGGGAGCCUAUGCCUACAGUACAUUGGCAGAAGAACCAAGAGGAUCUAGUACUGACCCCCGGUGAUACCCGGGUGCUGGUCUUACCUUCAGGGGCCUUGCAGAUAAGUCGUCUACAAGCAGGAGAUGCUGGACUUUACAGAUGUUUGGCUAAAAAUCCUGGCAGCUCUAGAACAGGAAACGAGGCAGAGAUCCGGAUUCUAUCAGAAUCUGGGUUACAUCGACAACAAAUCUUCCUGCAAAGACCAUCAAACAUUGCAGUCAUUGAAGGACAGGAUGCGGUUCUCGAAUGUGCAGCCUCUGGGUAUCCUACACCAUCCGUGUUGUGGAUGCGAGGAGAAGAAUUGGACUCUGCUCCAUCAGAAAAAUAUUCUCUCCUUGGAAGCAGCAAUCUACUAAUUACUAACGUGACGGACGAUGAUUCAGGCACAUAUACCUGUCUGGUUACCUACAAAAGCGAGAACAGCAGUGCCUCUGCAGAGCUCAGCGUCAUGGUGCCCCCAAGGUUCUUGAACCACCCAGCCAACCUGUACGCCUAUGAAAGUAUGGACAUUGAGUUUGAAUGUGCUGUAUCAGGAAAGCCUCCUCCUACAGUGAAGUGGACCAAGAAUGGGGAAGUGGUCAUCCCCAGUGACUACUUCCAGAUUGUGGGUGGCAGCAAUCUAAGGAUUUUGGGUCUGGUGAAGUCGGAUGAGGGUUAUUACCAAUGUAUAGCUGAAAAUGAAGCUGGAACAGCAGAGACGUAUGCGCAGCUCAUUAUUCCAGAUCCCGCUGUUCCUAGUUCCAGUAUCCUUCCCUCUGCUCCUCGAGAUGUGGUCCCUGUUUUGGUUUCUAGCCGAUUUGUACGUCUAAGCUGGAGGCCGCCAGUAGACACAAGAGGGAACAUACAGGCCUACACCGUCUACUUCUCCAAAGACGGGGCUCACAGGGAACGAGCAUUGAACACAUCACAGCCGGUGGCCUUGCAGUUAACAGUGGGCAAUCUGAAGCCAGAGGAGACUUACUCUUUCCGUGUUGUAGCCUAUAACGAAUGGGGGCCCGGAGAGAGCUCACAGCCAGUCAAGUUGGCUACACAACCAGAGCUGCAAGUUCCGGGACCAGUCGAAAAUCUACAAGUGAUCUCAACUUCACCUACCUCGAUUUUGAUUUCAUGGGAACCCCCUGCCUAUGCAAAUGGUCCUGUCCAGGGCUACAGAGUACUGUGUACAGAGACUAUUUCAGGGAGAGAACAGAAUAUUGAAGUUGAUGGGCUGUCCUACAGAUUGGAAGGUCUUCGAAAGUUUACAGAAUACAACAUAAGAGUCUUAGCAUACAAUCGCUAUGGUCCAGGUGUCUCUACAGAGGAACACUCAGUUACAACUCUGUCUGAUGUACCAAGUGCAAUGCCCCAAAAUGUAUCGCUAGAGGUGGUGAACUCAAGGAGUAUUAAGGUCAGCUGGAUGCCGCCUCCAUCAGGAACACAAAAUGGAUUUAUUUCCGGGUUCAAAAUCCGUCACAGGAAGACCACCCGUCGGGGAGAACUGGAGACCAUAGAGCCAAAUAAUCUUUGGUACUUGUUCACAGGACUUGAGAAGGGAAGCCAGUACAGCUUUCAAGUCUCUGCAAUGACAGUGAAUGGAACUGGACCCUCGUCUGACUGGUAUACAACAGAAACACCAGAGAAUGACCUUGAUGAAACCCAAGUGCCAGACCAGCCCAGUUCUCUUCACGUCAGGCCUCUGACUACCAGCAUCAUUAUGAGUUGGACUCCGCCACUAAACCCUAACAUUGUGGUACGAGGGUAUAUAAUUGGCUACGGUGUCGGUAGCCCCUAUGCCGAGACUGUGAGAGUGGAUAGCAAGCAGCGCUAUUAUUCAAUUGAGAAUUUAGAACCAAGCUCCCAUUAUGUGAUUUCACUGAAAGCUUUUAAUAACGCUGGAGAAGGGGUCCCCCUAUAUGAGAGCGCCACAACUCGAUCUCAAACUGACCCAUUGGAUCCCUCAGAAAUUGAGUUUUAUCCUUUUAUUGAUGAUUUUCCUACCUCAGUCCCAGAAAUGUCCACCCCCAUGCUCCCACCAGUAGGUGUUCAGGCAGUUCCAUUAACGCAUGAUGCCAUCAGAGUCAGCUGGGCAGACAACUCUGUCUUAAAGAACCAAAAGACAGCAGACGUUCGUUUCUACACAAUACGGUGGAGAACAAGCUACUCCUCCAGCUCCAAAUACAAGUCUGCUGAUACCACAUCCUUAAGCCACACGGUUACGGGUCUGAAACCGAACACCAUGUAUGAGUUUUCAGUGAUGGUGACGAAAGGCAGAAGGUCGAGUACGUGGAGUAUGACGGCUCAUGCUGCUACUUACGAAACAGCUCCAACAUCUGCCCCGAAGGAUUUAACAGUCAUCACAAGGGAAAGGAAGCCUCGAGCUGUUACAGUGAGCUGGCAGCCUCCGAUCGAAGCCAACGGCAAGAUUACUGCGUAUAUACUGUUUUAUACCUUGGAUAAGAACCUCCAGAUAGAUGACUGGGUGAUGGAGACGAUCAGUGGUGACAGACUCACUCAUGAGAUCCUUGACCUCAACCUAGACACGGCUUAUUAUUUCAGAAUACAGGCUCGCAAUGCCAAAGGAUUGGGGCCCCUCUCCGACCCAAUUCCUUUCAGAACGCCCAAAGUGGAACAUCCUGACAAAAUGGCUAAUGACCAAGGUCAGCAUGGGAUAUACUGGCAGGUGGACACCAAUCUGAUUGACAGGAGUAGUCUGAAUGAGCCUCCAAUUGGACAGAUGCACCCCCCUCAUGGUGUCACACCUCAGAAGAACAGCAACCUCUUGGUGAUCAUUGUGGUCACUGUAGGAGUGAUCACCAUUCUGGUGGUGGUGAUAGUGGCCGUGAUCUGCACAAGAAGGUCAUCGGCACAACAGAGGAAAAAACGAGCCACACACAGUCUCAGUAAAAGGAAAGGAAGCCAAAAGGAUCUGAGGCCACCAGAUCUUUGGAUCCACCAUGAGGAGAUGGAAAUGAAGAACAUUGAAAAGCCAGUGGGAUCUGAAACUCAAGGAAGGGAAUCUCCCAGGCAGAGCUGUCAAGAUAUCACCCCUGUCAGCCAUAGCCAAUCCGAGUCUCAGUUAGGAAGCAAAAGUGCAUCACAUUCAGGGCCGGACACAGAUGAGGCUGGGAGUAACAUCUCAACUCUGGAACGAUCUUUAGCUGCACGUAGAGCCACACGAGCCAAACUCAUGAUUCCAAUGGAUUCUCAGUCCAACAAUCCUCCAGUUGUCAGUGCCAUACCAGUGCCCACCUUAGAAAGCGCUCAGUAUCCAGGAAUCCUUCCAUCCCCGACCUGUGUAUAUCCUCAUCCGCAGUUUACUCUACGUCCUGUUCCUUUCCCUACUCUUUCGGUGGAUCGGAGUUUUGGACCUGGUCGAGCAGUGAAUGAGACUCAACAACCCCAGCAGUCGUCCAUGAUAUCCCACACGCAGCCGGAACACCCCAGUAAUGAGGAUGCUCCCAGCCGAACAAUCCCUACUGCUUGCGUGCGGCCGACCCAUCCCCUGCGUAGCUUUGCCAACCCUUUGUUGCCUCCUCCAAUGACUGCGAUGGAGCCUAAAGUUCCUUAUACGUCACUUUUAUCUCAAGCAGGGUCCAGUUUACCCAAGCCUCAAGUGAAGACGGCGUCAUUGGGGCUGGCAGGAAAAGCAAGAUCUCCGCUUCUCCCGGUGUCAGUACCGACAGCUCCAGAAGUGUCAGAAGAAAGUCAUAAACAUACAGACGACCCUGCUAGUGUAUACGAGCAAGACGACCUAAGUGAACAAAUGGCAAGCUUGGAAGGUUUGAUGAAGCAGCUCAACGCUAUCACAGGCUCUGCUUUCUAACUGCAUCUGAAAAAAGCAAAAACAUUAACUUUUUUGGCUACCAACGGGGCCUGGAAAGCAUUGCAGAGCAGUGCCGUUUAGCUCCCUCGGAAAGGCAGCCAAGGAGUUAAUUGGACACCCAGGAAUGUUGCAGCAUACCAGUGUUUCACAGUCAGUCUUCUCCCAUGAAAACCAAUGGACAGACCCACAGGCCUUUCCCACCCAUGAACUGAAUACUUUUUAAGAAUUCCCACGACAUCGCCCGUUGAUUCGUCUCUACAGAUCUGCUUUAUGUGUUCCUUAUUUUCACAGAAAUCAA